AUGUCGUCUAUCAUAAUUUUCCUGUUCCUACUCUUUAUUAUUGCGGGUCCCAUCCCUUCGAUAGCCAAAAACCCCCAUGUCAUUCAUUUUCGAUCUCUCAACCUCUACCCUGAAGGCCUUGCCUACGACCCCUCCACCCAAAACUUCAUCGUCAGCUCUCUUUACCACAGUACUCUUCACUCAGUCUCCGAAGCCGGCGUCAUCGAAACCCUCAUCUCCGACCCCUCCCUCCCUCCUAACAUCACCUUCCUCGGCCUCGCUGUUGAUAAGCUCAACAACCGCCUCCUCGCUGCCAUCAACUCCGCCUCUUCCCUCUCUCCCUUCAAUGCCCUCGCCGCUUACGACCUCAGCUCCCGCCAGCGGGUCUUCCUCUCCCUCCUCCCCUCUACCCCCUCCGAUGACAACCGCCGCCCCGUGGCCAACGCCGUCACCGUCGAUUUCAAGGGCAACGCUUACGUCACCAACUCGCUAGGAUAUCCCGAGGGGAACUUCAUUUGGAAAGUCAACCCGGAAGGGGAAGCCUCGAUUUUCUCGAGAGCUCCACUUUUCACGCAGUUUCCGGUGGACCGCGACGCACCGUAUAGUUACUCCGGGCUGAAUGGGAUUGCUUACGUCAGCAACCGGUAUUUGUUGGUGGUGCAAUCCAAUACGGGCAAGUUGUUCAAAGUUGAUGCCCACGACGGGACGGCAAGCAAUGUUUUGUUGGGCGAGGAUUUGCCGUUCGCCGAUGGGAUUGCGAUAAGGGGAGACGGUGUCCUUUUGGUAGUGUCGCAUAAGAAGCUGUGGUUCUUGAAAAGUGACGACAGUUGGGAACAUGGGGUAGUUUAUGACAAAACUGACCUUGAUGUGGAGAAGUUUGCUACUUCAGUUGUGGUUGGGAGAGAGGAUAGGGUGUAUGUGAUAUAUGGGAGUGUGAUGGAGGGUAAAAGGGGGAGGGAGUGGUUUGCUAUAGCAGAGGUGAGGUCUGAGAAGGAGAGUGAAGAUGAUAAGAAGACCAACUGA